AUGACAGGUCCAAGGCCCGACGCCUUUCAGCAGGCACUGAAACGUUUCAAAGACAACCUCCAUCCAAGCCUUAUCAACCAAUUUUCUGUCUGCACUUUACAAGACGUACACGAUGUCUGUCGAGAAAUUCAGACAACGCACGGACGAGAAGGAAAGCUCCGAAAUAUGCGGCGACUCGCGAGCUUCAUUGAAGCUAUGGAGCAAUUUGGGAAGGUAAUUGAAUUGUUUGUGAACGCGAACGAGUUUGUAUGUUUCGUUUGGGGGCCAAUCAAGUUUCUACUUGUCAUUGCAAGCACUUAUACGGAGUCUUUUGAUAAGUUGCUCGACGCAUAUUGUCAGAUUGGGAGUGCAAUCCCUGGUCUUAUCCGCUACCAAGCGGUCUUCGAGAAACAUUCUCCUCUUGCGACUGUUCUUGAAGAUUAUUAUUCGGACAUCUUGGCUUUUAAUCAGGCGGCGCUAGAAGUCUUUAAGAGGCCUAAGUGGAAGGUCCUAUUUCAUUCGGCUUGGAAAACCUUCCACAGCCAAUUCGGGCCAAUUCUACAAAGUCUAUCGAAGCGACGCGAAUUGCUAGAAAGUGAGAAAGGAUCGGCAACCCUCUUCGAGAUUCAAAAGCUUCGUGACGACCUAUCAGAUUUAAAUGCCCAGCAGAAACAGCGAGCGGCCCAAGAGGUUGCUGAAAAACAUAAGCAAAAUGUGGCUUCCAUCCGAGAAAAGCUGGAAGCCCCGGAUUACUGGAUUGACCAGGAAAUAUCCACAGAGGACAGACUGGGAAGCAACUCAGGGAUGUGGAUAUUUGAGGACCCAAAAUUCAGCAACUGGGUGAAGGGUGAUGUGGCUGGACACCGUGUUAUAUAUGUCAACGGAAUACCCGGAGCAGGAAAAACCACGCUUAUAUCCGCGGUCAUCGCGAAACUACUAGAUGGCAAGUAUACUGAAGGAAACAAGCCUUGCAUCGCUUAUUUUUACUUCAAGCAAAAGCAACCGACCAAAGAGUCUCACAACAGUCUUCUCCGAGCAAUACUAAAGCAAAUCAUUGAUCGCGACCCUACCAUGUGUGAUCACAUCUUUAAGGAGGUAUCUUCCGUCGAAGGUGUAAAUUUACGAUCUACUAGCAAGCUGCAGAUGCUGGUUAAGACUGCACUAGAGAGUUAUCCAAUCUCCUACAUUGUGCUUGACGGGUUGGACGAAUGUGCCCCGACUGAAGCAGAGAAAUCGAUAAACUGGUUUCUGUUGCUUACGAAUGGAAAGCUUCAGGGCGCUAAUGCUAGAUUGCGUGUUUUAUUUUGCGGCCAACGGGAUGGCACUUUAGAUAAGCUUCUUGCAGAACAGCCCACAAUCUCACUAGAGACACCCCGUCACAAUGAAGACAUUCGCCAAUAUUGUCGGAAUUUCUGCAAGCGCAUCCGUGAGAAGUUCGAUAUCUCGGCAAGCAUGGAAGAGGACAUAGCCCAGCGGGUGACAAAUCAAGCACAAGGUAUGUUCCUAUACGCGCGUGUAGUGCUAGGGAACCUAUUGAAUCAAACGAAGUUGUCUGGGUUAAGGAAAGAGAUUGAACCGGGCAAUUUUCCUGAGGGGAUCCAGGAGGCGUAUGAAAGGGUGGCUGUGAGGAUAUUUCAAAGGUCGUCUAUGGCGGAGCGUGAGGAUGCCAUUAAAAUUCUAGGUUGGAUCACCUGUGCUAGACGCCUUCUCCGAUGGCGCGAGAUCCAAGCUCUCUUCUGCAUCGACCCCGUCAAAGAAGAUGUCGAUUACGAGGAAAGAAGACUUAGAGUCACAUGCAAGGAAUUAUGCGGGUCUCUCGUCGACGUACAUCAUGCGGCGAACAAGAAAGGGGAUCCUGAAGAUAUCAUCAAGAUUGUCCAUGAGACUGCUCGGGAGUACCUUUUUCAGCGAAACUGGAUUGACAUCGCCAGCGCGCAUACGCAAAUAUCCAUUUUCUGUUCGACAUAUCUCACAUCGAGGCCGUUUUCGGCUGGGAUCAAGGAAGAAGAUAUCAUCAUGCACACAGUAACAGGAUACUACUCUUUUCAGGACUACGCCGCCCAGUAUUGGUUCGAACAUCUGCGGCAGUGUAUGGACACCUUAUCCUCAGACCAACUAACAGAAGUAAUAGAGAGUAGCCAACGACUAUUCGAAGCAUACGGACUUCAAUCAAAAAUGCCAGUAUAUCAGGGCACGAGCAGCUACGAAAAGAUUACUAGUAUUCUCAAACAACUUCCCGAAGACGCUCGCGAGAGAAAUGCAUAUUUUACGAUCGAGCUGCGAACAACCACGCUUCGGAACACGAUGGAGUUAAUUGAUUGCCAGACACUUCAAGAGGAAGAAGAAUCCGUCCUGAUCAAUCUCCAUGGAAAAACAGUAUCUUAUAAAUGUACUAAGCCAUGGUGCGAGUAUUUCGCGUCUGGAUUCGAAAACGUCGAAGAUCGAAAACAACACACAAACCGCCACGAUCUUCCGUUUCGCUGCGCUUUAGAGUCUUGCUUUGCAUAUAGAUUGGGAUUCGACACAGAAGCGAAACUGUGCCGGCACGAGAGAAUACAUCAUCCCGAGCCAGCCGAUGAUCCAAUAGUGUUUCCCAAAACGAUCACAAAAAAGCCUGAUUUCUGGAAGGCUAUUGAGCUGAACGAUUUAGCUGCGGUUGUGAGAUUAUUGGAAUCCGGAAGGAAUGUGAACAAAGUCCGGAAUCAGAGGAAUGCAUCCGAUGGAGAUACACCCCUUCAAUUGGCAGCAAAACACGGCCACCUUGAGCUUUGCAAACUACUAAUUGAGAGAGGUGCCGAUGUUAACUAUCACAGGACAGGUUACGGAGGAGGCACAAGCCUAAUUUUCGCGGGAGCAGUAGUGACUGGCAAUCUUCACCUAGUGGAGCUGCUUAUCAGACAAAGCACCUGUAAGCCGGACGAGAGCAAUCUUCCCAUGGAAGAACCGUUCUCUGAGGCAUGCGAAUACGGUCAUUUAGACAUUGUCAAGCUGCUGGUUGAGACAGGAAGAAUUCAAGUUGAUCAGCACAUCCAAAAAGCCCUCGAAUUUGGUCACGGUCCAAUGACACCACUGAAAUGGGCUUGUGUUAGAGGCCAUUUUCCUGUUGUGCAGUAUCUUUUGCAACAAAGACAGCUUGAAUCUGUUAGUUGGGGAUUUCUUGCUCAUAUGCAUCGGCUGGGGCACGACGAUAUUAUUGAUGUAUUACGCUCGGUAAUUUCACUACCAAGCAUUCAUAAUCUCCAGGACAUGCCGGAUGCCUGCAAGAAGGUGCGGGGCGACUGGUCGGUGUUUUACAACCCUGGAAGCCCGCGAGUUCUUGGGAUUGAAUUAGUGCACAGGGAUCUGGAUCUGGGCAGUCAAUUUACGAGUAUUCAAUUCAGCCCCGAUGGAAAAUCCUUGGCAGCUGGAUUCAUCGGCUGUGUCAUGGUAUUUAAUGUAAUCGAAGGGGCGCUCUCUACUAUAUUUUCUCCCACGUUUGAUGAUGUGGAAUACAAACCUCUUAUCCGUUGUGUUUGUUUCACUCCAGAUGGAAGUUACAUAGCUGGUGGUGGGAAUGACAGGUCAAUUUAUGUCUGGGAUUAUGCCGCCGAGGGCCUUCACUGUGUGUUACAUCCUGGAAAGUUCAUCAACUCACUUGAGUUUUUUCAAGAUGGUCUGACCAUUGCUUGUGGAGCUGCAGAUGGCAUUGUGCAGCUGUGGAAUAUGAGCACUUUCACAAAAAUUCGGGAAAUCGACACAAACAACAACAUCAAGUCGCUUUCAAUUUCUCCAGAUACAAGACAUAUGCUCUGGGAUAUCCAAAAUGACUUACUCGAAAAGCACUUCGAACACGAAGAAUAUAUCAAUGACAUUGCAUUCCUCCCUAUCGGAGGUUUUGCCAGUUGCAGCAAGGAUAAAACUGUUAAGCUGUGGGAGAUCUCAGAUAAGCCAGGAAGUACUGGCCAAGGAACUAAACUCUGUCAUUGUACCAGGACCUUUCUUCAUACAGUAAGCUCAGAACCUUCAAUGAAGAGCCAAAGCUUUGGAUUUACUCCGGACACUCAAUGGUUGCUCUCCUGCUCUAAGGGGGGCGGAGUAACAUUCUGGGAUGUCCAUACCGGCCAGCCUCAACUUAUUCUACGUGGGCAUAAAGCACCAUUCCAAAUUGUAGCUUCAAGCCCAGCUGGUGACUACUUUGCCACUUGGUCUGAGAAUACCGGCUUGCGAAUUUGGUCUUACAAACGAGCUCCUAACCCCCGGUAA